AUGAUGAUGAUCAUUCAUUCGUCGUAUGUGCGACGGGUAUACAAUGGUAGGGGAGGUAAGGUCCAAUUCCUGCCUUUAGCAUUAUGUGAACACGACUCUCUCACUCUUUCGAGUUACAAAAAACACGACGAUCAUUGUUAA